AACAUUUAAAACAUAAUUAAUUAUAUAAAUAAUUAUAACAAAAAAAGAACAAAAACAAAAACACAAACUAAAUAAAUAAAGGAUUAAGUCAUGGAAAAUCUAGACGCCACUAUCGAUAGCAUGGAGAACAGUCGCUUUUCCGCCCUUUAUGGGGGUUUGAUCAAGGAGUUGGCCGCAACUUCGGAAAUGUCCCAGACGGAUAUCACCUGCUUGCUCUGCGUUUACUACAAGUUCUGCAAGGCCAAUGGGCCAAACUCCAAGAAGAUGACGAAGAAGCAGUUCUACAACAUCUUCUUGGUGCUGUUUAACGUGGCCAAUGUCCAGGUCAUCGAACGCACACUGCUGGCCAUCACAAAGGACAUCAAGUAUGUCAGUCCCCAGGCCUGGAUACAGCUCUUUGAUCUUUAUACAACGAACGACAUCAAAGUGCGCAUGAAAUUUGCCUUCGAGGUCUAUGACACGAAAGGAACUGGCGUUAUUGAUCGAGAGCAAGUCGGCACGGCUUGUGAGAAAUUUUUUUACGGUGAAGACGAAGAUGAGCUCAACGAACUUAAGGCGGACAUGACCGAAUUUCUCAUGAAAAAGUUCGAUCUGGACAAGGAUGGUGUUAUUUCUUUUGAGGACUAUUCUACUGUUGUUGAACAGCAGCCAAUUUUAGUCGAGUUCUUGGGUUGGCUUUUUCCGUCAAAGGAAGACAAGAAUCUCAUGGCCCACUGCAUUAAUCUGCAACUGAAUCUAAAUUAAAUAUUUUUAUUCAAGCUA